AUGUCAUGCACCAACGAUCAGUCUUCCGUGGCCGCGUCGCCAAAGUCCUAUUCGCACACGUCCAGAUCCAAAACCCCCGAACCAACUGCGACCUCGUUGGUCAACCCUUCCUCGUCCCUUUUACAGGACCUGUUGAAAGAACAACGUGCAUCCCGAGGGUCACGGGGUAAUGUAGUGAAGAGCUUGGACGAUUGCACCCCCCAAACACCGACGCGCUCCCGCUCGCAUUCUCACUCGCAAUCCCAGUCGCAAGAAGAAAUGGGUUCCGAGAGACAGCGCAAGAUUAACAGCGCCCUAUCAGCCGGUCUAAAGCAGCCUCGAGAAAUGGGAAUUCGGGAAAUGGACCAUUAUGUGUCGAAGAUCAACAAGCAAAACUUCGACCUGAAGCUGGAGAUCUUCCACCGAGCGCAGCAAAUGAUAGUACUGGAGAAGAAACUCGUGCAGAUGCACAAAAUGGAAGAGGAGCUUCGACGUAUGCGGCAGCUGGAAGAUGAACUACAGGAGCUUCGGAACACCGAGGAGGACAAUCAACGGCUACGCGAAUCCAACGAACAACUACGGCACGAGAUUGAUAAACGCGACCAGGCAGUGACGGAAGCAGUGGAUUUAAUCUGCCGGCUGGAAGCAAGAGUGGAAGAGUUGGAGGCAGGUGAAGAAGAUUUAUCUCGCCCGUCUACUGCUCGCCCUCCCAGCGAUGGCCCCGAUCUGGCAACCCCCAAGAAUAGGUCUACCGUCAACUUCCCGGAGAGAACAUCCCCCAAACAAGGCCCUACUUCUAGCGAGUAUCAUCGUACGUCAUCUGAAUCCCGUCACCUCAUCCGCGCACCGUCGUUCCUCCGGGACGAGAAGGAAAGCACUGCCGCUUUGCGGAGCUUGUAUGUCCCGGUGGAUGAUCAGUCGCGAUCUGUGGAAAGUGUGAUGACCAAGUCAGAAAGCCUACAGUCUGUGAAUGAGGCUUCGGAGGUAGAGUCGCCGAGACUCAGCGCUCUUAGUGAGUGCAGCGAAUUGAACCCAUUUACCGACGGAGGAGAUAGAUUCGAUCAGAUAGAGAUUCCCAUUCGACAGAAGGAACUGGCACCAGAGAACGCCAGCCUUUUAUCCACCAGAGAGGAUGACGAAGGGGUUCGCAUUAAUUGCUGGAUCCAACCACUGCCCGAACCCCCCCUGGGAGAAGUCCCGAGGCGGAAGCCCCCGCCGGUGUCUGUGGUCAGGGAAUCCAACAAUAAACCCAGUUUUGACAGCGACUCGUGCUUCAAUAGCUCGAGUCAAAGGACGCCGCUGGACAGUGUCUUUGGCAGCACCAGGCUCCCUCCCACGCCGGACACAAUGAGCACGGCAUACGCGGGAGGCACCAAAGGGACCAGCGUCAGUACGGCUGCAGGCCAGAGUCAGACUGAUCCAGUCCAAACUGUGAAACUGGGGCUUAUCCGACCCCGGUCUGCGGGUGAAUUGACCUCGAGGCAGGCCUCUAGCAACAGCCGACUGAGGAGUAGCAUGGAUUCGAAUCUAAGUGAGGUUACUCUCCCUCGCCCCAGCUUUGAUGAGAAAGACAACACGCCCGUUCUAUUCCCGUUGGACAGCCUCACAUCCCGAACGGGGGCCCUCCAUAGCCAGGAAUCGGUCGUCAAGCCCACAUUCAAGUACUACGGGGGCAACGGCAUGUGCAACCCGGAUGGGCUGGAGAAAGUUUUUUCGAAACUGGACCGGAACCAUUAUUCGCGCGCUCGACAUAGCAAGACGCGCGCAGACUCCCCGGACACGCCGUCGUCGCCGCAAUUGACUCCCCAAGACUGGAUUGAAGCCGCGAAGCCCGGUAAUCUUGCUCGAAAGGAUGCAACGCGUGCACACCAUCCGACGGACCCGAUGCCCGCAGGGUCCCGGCCGGUUGGCGCUCGAGCAGCCAGUCAAUCGUCCUUCCUUGGUCGUCGACAUAGCAUCGACUCUGCCGUUCGGGACGCCGACGAUCCUAUGGUCCCUACGCUCGACCUGCGCUCAUUUGGUCCCAGUGAUCAGCGGGAGCCGGACGCUGAACGUUCUCGCCGGCGGAUCAGCCUUCGACCGCCGUUUUUCGGUCGUUCCGGCACUUCACGACGUCUCCAGCCGUCACCCACGUUUGAGGAGGUAGAUAAAGACGAUGGCGCGCCGUCUCCCGUGGUGCGAAAAACCCGACAGAUAGCCAAUGCCAGGGUGAUGAAGGCCAACACACCGGUGGAGGACAGCCUGCCCGCACCCACUUAUGCCGACCCGGAAGAGACGGUGCCCCGAAACGUGCCUCAUUCAGCGACGGAAUUCACCUUCCACAGCCGACACACGGGCUCCCACGGCAAAGACCAUAAGCGACGGAGCUCCCUGGGACUAUUCGGCUGGGUCAAGGGAGGGGGACUGGGACUUAGUGGGAGGAAAUCGGAGCUGACUGAUUCUGGUCACUCGGGUGGAAAUAGAGCUUCUCGAUUUGGCUAUGAUGGAUCUAUCCCUGAAGCUUCUGUCAAUUUGGCUGGGAUGGACGUCGUAGUGGAAGACUUCGCGUAUGCACCGAAAGGUCAGCGGUUGAAUCAAGAGGAGGGACGACGACGACGACGAAGUCGACGGUGA